AUGCCUCCCUACGACACAGGCGAUACAAAACCGUCCUUGCCUGCGCGACGUGUCGUCGUCGCAAGGUCAAGUGUGACGGUCUGCGUCCAGGUGCUCCCAUCCUCUUUUUACCUAGACCUCCAAGAACGAUGCACUUACAUCUCGGCGUCAGCCCGUCGUAGAAGUCCUGCCAACGACCCUCUUUCAUCAGCUGCGGCAUCUCCACAACUCCCGGCUUCUGUUACGUCUGCUCAAAUGCCUUUGGGGCAAUCCGAAGUCGUCGACACUUUUGGCACUGAUGCCCCCGGUAUUCCAGGAGAAUUCUCUUUUGAGAUCAAGGCUGCUGUGCAUGAAAGAUUGGGGCGACCGUCCGCCAAAAAGCGGUGCCCUAUUCUUCUGGCAGACGCCCCGUUAUUCGGCUUAUUGUCUCUUUCGCGUACUACUGAUCUCGCUGUAAGUCCCGCGGAUAAUGUCCUACCCCCUCGCAAGCAUGCAGACCGCUUGUUGAGCCUGUACUGGCAAUGUCUCGACCCUCUGGAACCACUACUUGAUCAGAGAUCCUUUAGUGCCGCCUAUCAGGCACUAUUUGACGGUAGCGAGAUGGAAUACGAUGAACAAAUCUUUAUUUGCACGCUCAACCUUGUAUUUGCUUUGUCUACCCAGUUACAGGAAUCCAUCUCUUCGGAACAGAGAAAUAGUGCCAGUCAAAUAUUCUUUCUUCGAGCCUGGCAUCUGUUGGAUCCGGAGGUUGUCCUCUGGCAAGCAGGCUCAUUGGAGAUCGUUCAAUGCCUGCUUCUCCUGACCAGAUAUCUUCAGUGUACCCCGAACCUACAGCAGACGUGGAUGGCGCUGGGUUCGGCUGUGCGGAUUGCCCUGAGCAUUGGCCUCGACCGCUCAGAGAGGAAUCUGUCCGGGUCAGAUAGGGGGAACCAGGUGGCACGGGAUGUUUGGCAGCAGUGCGUAUUUAUGGACAGAAGCCUUUCUUGGUCGCUUGGGCGGCAUUCCACAGUACCUAGUGUACCCUUUCUAUCCUUGGACCCGGUUUGGAAUGGUAACGAUCUACCUGAUCCGGACGGUGAGACCAAUGCUUCAGUCUCUCGGAUAAUGCAGGAGCUGAACAAAAUCACCGGCUACAUUGGUCUUUCUCAAGUACUCACCGGCAGCAGUGCAGCAGCCAGGCAGGACUUCCUUCUACCAACCCAAGCCGGGCCAGGUGCCGUGUUACAGAUCGACGAAUGCCUUACUAGAUUAGAAAACAGACUUCCCCCCGUCCCGUACAAUAUGACCAAAGGCGAAACCGCUAAUCCCUUCGACGGACGGCUGAUUCUUCUUCGUCUCCGUCUGGCGCACACACGCAUCGUGUUUCUGAGACCUGUCAUAGCUCGCCUCUGUUUAUCGUAUCUGCAAACGCAGAAAGUUUCCCCACCAGCUGAAACGAGCAUAGGCGAUCGCAUCCUCGAAACAUGCGCCACGCUGUGCGUCGACAACGCACAGAAACUCAUCAUGCUGGUUCAGGAGUGCUCACGACCCGAUAAGACUGGACUCAUACCCUGGUGGUACCGUGUUUUCUACAUCUACAUUGCAAUGCAGCAUUUGAUAGCAGCGAUGCUGCGACCUGAUCUCUUCGGGACUGUGGUCCCGGAGUCAUGGAACACAGCUGUAUCAGUACUUAGUGCACAUGAACGCCUCAGCCCAUCUGUGAGGCGAUGUUUGAACAAGCUUCAGAUGAUGUGGCAGACGGUCAUCGAUAUUCAGUCGCCACCCACCCACGAAGCUGCUCCAUCCAGCAUGGACUACAACACGGGGCUCCAGGACGUCUUCGGGUACCUUGGAUUUGAUGCUCAAAUGCCGCUGUUCGGGUUGGACGAUCCAGCGUGGCUGGACAAUGUGGAUUGGACACCAUGGCCGUCCUAA